ACCUCCCUUCCUUUUUCAUAUCCAUCUCAGACACUUGACACACUCUCCCAUUCGCGUCAUCGCGUCUCCGUCCGAGCUCAGUCUACUGAAUGCGUCUGGCCACUCUUACUGCUCCUGCCGCAACGCAUCGACUUGGUCAUCUCCUCCUGCGCCCAACCAUCGCUGCUUCUGCCUCUGCUGCUUCUGCUACAACUACAGCUACAGCUACUGCUACUGCUACCGCCCGUCGAUCCAUCUCUUGCUCUGGUCCAGCCAAGCCAAAUCUGACUCGUCUCGGUCUUGGCAGUCGUCCCGCGUCACUCUCAUCCGUCUCCGCUGCUGCUCCUCCUGCCGCCGCCUCGCUCGUCAAGCCGUACUCCCCAAGGUCGAUUAUCACUUGGCCCACUGUCGCAUUGGCUGCUGCUGCUGCUGCUGCACCUUCUGCAUUGAAACGCAAGCAAUCGUCGUCGCAGUCUUCAUUCAUGUCUACUUCGCUGGCGACUUGCUCAGCGGCCGAGCUGCUCGCUGCUGCCGAUCGCGUUGUUGCUGACGCAGUGCAGCACAUGAGUGGCAUUGUCACCACCGGUCGCGAGGUGACUCACUCUGGGCGCUGGUUGCGCUCGGGCGUUGUCAAGUAUACCGUCCCGAUUGUUGCCCAGCAGGAAGGAGGGUCGUCGUCUUCAUCAACGUCGUCAAGUGCGUCCGCACGCUCGUGGGAGUAUGCCGAACGCACCACCCGACUGGCCGAUGUGGGCGUCGACGGCGUCGAUAUUAUCGCGCUGAUUGGCAGCAGCAAGAAUCCCGUCCGCGGGUCGGAAAAGUCGCUCGUCCUCGUCCUCAACUACCGUCCUCCUGUGGGACGCCCAAGUCUCGAAUUUCCUGCUGGGCUGAUUGACAAGGGCGAGACGCCGAGCCAAGCUGCUUUGCGCGAACUCAAAGAAGAGACAGGGUUUACUGGCGUCAUUCGCGAGAUUUCGAAGGACAUUAACGUGGAUCCCUGGAAGUCCACCGAAAACUUCCACCUCGUCACAAUGGACAUUGACUCGGAUGAUCCGAACAAUGCUACACUCAAGCAAGAGUUGGACGAAGACGAGAACUUGGUUCCGAUCAUUGUCCCCGUCAAAAAUCUCCUGCAAACCAUCAUCCGGUACAAGGAGCUGCAUGGCGUUGCUAUCGAAUCCAAGUUGUACGGGUUUGCCAAAGCCCUGGAACUUGCGAGCAGCGCUUCGUGGUGACUCGAACUGGAAGAGAUUAUGUUUCCGUUUCGUUACAAAUACAGUCUGGUUUGAAGAUGUU